AUGUUUCACCACCAUCAUCAAUCUCACAAUGUCAACUCUAAUAUUGAUAACUAUUCAACUCCAAUAAGGGGUGAAUGUUUAGACGAAAAUGAGAUGGAGUAUGAUGAUGAUGAUGAAAAUGAAGGAAAUGAUCAAGAUGAUCAAUGUUGUGAAGAUGGAGGAAAUUCUGUUCAUCAUGUUGAUGCUAGUCUUUACACCCAACCAUCAUUUCAAGAUCUAGUUUCACAAUUUGGUUCACCACCGAACUUCACUCAAUUGGUUCAACCAUCUCAACAGCUACCUAAUAAUAAUGAUGAAGCCCCUAUACCUUCAAAGAAAAGUUGGGAUUUGAUUGAAGAUAUUGCUCUCAUAUGUUCAAUCAUGAACACAAGUACAGAUCCAAUUGUGAGCACCAACCAAAAGAUAAGAGUGAGGUGGCAAAAAGUUAAGGAAGCUUAUGAAGCAGCGAGGAUGGAACGACCCCAUCUGAUCCCACGAAGAACCGCCGACAUGCUUAAAUGUCGUUGGGGUAGAGUUGCUCCAGCAUGUUUCAAGUGGUAUGGAAGUUAUGAUGAGGCUCUUAGGAGGAAGAAGAGUGGCACGACAAAGAAGCGCAUUUAA